UUUUUUUGUGUAAGGCUGGAGGCGAACUCUUGUUGUCACUGGGGUGAUUAAUGGCUCUUAGAUGUACAUUCAUUGGGUUUCUUCCGCAUACACAUGUGGGAGUUGCAGAGGGAUUAAUAGUCAGAGAAGGCUUUGUUGGAAGAAACUUGUUUUUUUCAGAUAAGGCUGGAGACAAUUUUCUCAAUGUUACUGAUGUUAUGAUGAUCUAUAAGCAUUUUCCGUUCUGGGUUUCUUCCUUAAUGCAACCAAACAUGUAUAUAUUAAUAAGCUCAUUACUAACGACAUUUCUUUUUUAUGAACGCAUCUUUUACCCGCUUGAGCUAUUGGCUUCUUUCAAAUACUAUGAUUUAUCAUACUGGACAAAUAUAUCUUAUUUUACUAUCCUUUUUUUUUUUUUUUGUAGAAAUCAUUCUUGUACUCGCUCAUACUGCUAUCUAUAUCAUUCUUAGCUUGUGCCUCAUUUCAAACCGAAGGAGAAGGGAAGGUGUUUUUCUUUUUUUAUCUUUUGUUUAUUGACUAUCAUGAACAGCACUGUGCCAAAAUAUUAUGCUGAAUGUAAUGGUAAAUGAUUUUCACUAGGGAAAAGGAAGGCUUACUUAUUAUCCUCUAAUUUAAAAAAUAAAGCUAGCUCAUAACGUGGACAAUA